CCCACCUCCUCGGGCCAGCCGCUCUUGAGUUGGAGACUCCUGGCUCCUCUUCGGUUGGCAGUCCGGGAAACAGAAGGUCACGGGAAUGGACACGGAAGGGAGUCAGAGCAGCCUGUCGUCCGUACAGGACUCCCCGCACGACCCCUGCAAAAUGUUCAUCGGCGGGCUGAGCUGGCAGACGACACAAGAGGGGCUGAGAGAAUACUUCUGUAAAUUCGGCGAGGUGAAGGAGUGUAUGGUGAUGCGGGAUCCGGUUACGAAGCGAUCGAGGGGGUUUGGAUUUGUCACCUACAUAGACCAGGCCGGCGUGGAUAAUGUUUUGGCCCAAAACCGACACGAGCUGGAUUCGAAAACAAUUGACCCAAAAGUGGCCUUCCCUCGUCGAGCUCAGCCGAAGUUGGUGACAAGAACAAAGAAGAUCUUUGUUGGAGGACUCUCUGUCAACACCACUAUUGAAGAUGUGAAGCAGUAUUUCGACCAGUUUGGAAAGGUUGAUGACGCCAUGCUAAUGUUUGACAAAACCACCAACAGGCACAGAGGUUUCGGCUUUGUGACCUUUGAGAAUGAAGACGUGGUUGAAAAGGUCUGCGAGAUCCACUUUCAUGAGAUCAACAACAAGAUGGUGAGUUGAAUGCAAAAGGCACAGCCGAAAGAAGUGAUGUCACCAACAGGUACAGCACGGGGUCGCUCCAGGGUGAUGCCCUACGGCAUGGAUGCCUUCAUGCUGGGAAUCGGCAUGCUGGGUUACCCAGGUUUCCAAGCUGCCACCUAUGCCAGUCGUGGCUACACCGGAAUUACACCGGGAUACACCUACCAGUUCCCCGAGUUCCAUUUAGAGCGGACCCCUCUUCUGACCUCCUCUCACCAUCCUGAGAUCACAGCCAUUCCACUGACAGCAUAUGGACCAAUGGCAGCGGCCGCAGCUGCAGCGGUCGUCAGAGGCUCCACCCCCUCACGCUUCCUGGGCACCAGCAGUCCCGGGCCAAUGGCAGAACUGUAUGCGGCAGCCAAUCAGGAUACAGGAGUCAGCAGCUAUAUCAGUGCGGCAAGCCCCGCCCCCAGCACAGGAUUCGGACAUGGGCUUGGGGGUCCUUUGAUUGCAGCUACCUUUACCAAUGGCUACCACUGAGGGAUGUCUAAUCAGCAUCCAGCAUGGGAGGUGUAACUCACGAGCUUGUGAAUCGCGACCACUGCUGACGACGCAACGUCAUAUGGGACGAACCCAUGAGCGGCUGCGGUCCCUCUCGACUCCACUUUGGAGUUAGGCCUUUUUCUCCACUUCAUUUCCUCUAUUCUCUACUAACAUCACCUUUUUGUUUUCCUCAUCGCUUGUUUUACUUCUGACGUGUAAUGUUUUCAGUGACCCGUUCAUGAUUUGAUGCCUUCUAUCUAUUGAAACAAAAAAUGAAGAAAAAACAUCGUCAGAACAAUAUUUUUAUAAUGUACUCAGAAACGUGCAAGGAAUUUGGUUUCCACGGGAUUUUAUUGGACCCGUUUUUUCCGAAUUUGUCACAAUGUUUUUGCUCACUUUAUUCUAUCUUUUUAUCGUACACAUGCUGUAACGAAUGGAGUGAUGGAGAGAAAGAGAGAGAGAGAGAACAGAGAAACAAAACUGAAAAGAUCGGGAUUUGUUUUUUCUUAAUGUUUAUUGCGCGUUAAAGUUCUUAACAAAUGUAAACAACCACGAACAAAUGCGUGAGAAUCAAAUUUACUGAACAAAAGACAUAAAAUGUAUAUUUUGGUAGUUUUUAAAUACACAGCAUUUGUAAUAUUAUUACGAAUCGUCGUAUGGUGAAUCGGUUUGAUUCUUUUUUAGUUUUUUUUUUCCCGUAUAAUAAUUGUUUUUUUAAGACAAAAAAACAUUGGAUUUCAAACAUGAAACACGAGCAGUGUAAAUUGUUUGUAAAGCCAUUCUUACACACGCACGAUUUUACAACACGCGUGGUCACGUAAAUGCCGUAAGAUUCUAAAUGGUUUAAGCAUAAACCGAUAGACAACUGGUACAUUUUUGCACAUAUUUUGCAUUGCAUAUAAGCAUUGUAACCAGCAUUCCUACCAGUUUAUCCAGUGUGCGCAAUUGAUGUGCGCAUGAUUGUUUACUGUUUGAUUUCAACUCCCAUGUAAACGGUUUUCUUGCUUCGUCAGAUUUGUUUGGAUGAGUCGAUAUUUGGUAAUAAGCGUAGUGGUGUGCAUGUAAACAUGCUCAUUGUUGUGUAUAAGAAUGGUUUAUAGUUUUUUUUUUAUUGCAAUUUACAUCGAAUUUUGUUCAGGUCAUGUUGAGACUCAAUGUUUGGUUUCUUUUUGUAGAUACUGUACAUAUUGCAUGGAUUUUGGGA